GUAAAUAGUAAUACUUAUGUGUUCGAGUUCUGCGUCAGGCAACAGCGAAGCUCGUGAAACUAUAUACAUACAUGAGUACCUGUAGUUUAAAAGACUUUCAAUCGAUUAAAACCACUACAAAAUUGUAUACAGCACACUCUGUCAAGGCCAGAAACAAUUCAGUCUCAAUAGAACGUCACUACACCAGCACGCUGUGCAUGAACUUCGAUCACCAAGAUGUUAGCUCGACUGAGUACUAGUAGACAUGUUGCACGGUGGCAACAAACAAAGAUACGUACUGCCACAACCACCACCACAACAAACAAACCUAAACGAACGCUCAUUAGAGGUGUGCUCAAGGUAACCGCUGGUGCUGCUGUGGCUGCAGGCGGACUUCUGGUCACGAUGUCGCAAUGUGAAUACGUGGAACGUCAGGUGUUCGCAGCCGUAUUUCCACUCGCUCAGAGGUUAACUGACCCAGAGUCAGCCCACAGAAUGGCCAUAGUAGCCUAUAGCGCAGGCUUGAUGCCCAAGGACAAUGCGCCAGACGAUCCAUUCCUAAAAACUCAGAUUUGGGGCAGGACUUUUGUAAAUCCUAUUGGCAUCGCCGCUGGGUUUGACAAGAAUGGAGAGGCGGUAGAUGGCGUAUUUGACGGCGGGGCUGGGUUUGUCGAGUGCGGGAGUGUCACACCUAUGCCUCAGGCGGGCAAUGAGAAGCCACGCGUGUUCCGAUUGCUUGAGGAUGGCGCGGUCAUUAAUAGAUACGGCUUCAAUAGUGUGGGUGUGCAGAUGGUUGAGGAGAAUCUGCAGGCGAGAGUGACCAGCGGGAAAGACGCCGAGCAGUGUCAAAAGCAGCGCGUGUUUGGUGUCAAUGUGGGCAAGAACAAAGCCAGUACCGAACUCUCAGAAGACUUUGUUACCGGCAUCAUAGUGUUGGGAGGGUACGCUGACUUUGUGGUGGUGAAUGUGUCGUCGCCCAACACCCCCGGCCUGCGCAGUCUACAGGGCAAGGAGGCGCUCACUACGCUCAUCAACGAUGCCAAGACCGCUCGUGACAGUCUGCAGAUGAAGAGUCGGAAGGACCUGCCGCCUCUGCUCAUCAAGAUCGCACCCGAUCUGAACGACAUCGAUAUCGAAGACAUUGCAGAGGUUGCCUUGGCAACGGGUGUGGACGGUCUGAUUGUCAGCAACACGACCAUCAGCCGACCCGUAUCUCUGCAGAGCGAAAACCGCACAGAGACGGGUGGUCUUUCGGGUAAGCCUCUGAUGGAGAUGUCGACGGAAGUGCUCAGCAAGGUUUACAAACUUACUGGCGGCAAGGUGCCCUUAAUAGGCGUGGGUGGCGUGGCCAGUGGUGCAGACGCGUACCGCAAGAUCAAGGCCGGGGCAUCGCUGGUGCAAUUGUACUCGUCAUUCGCACUCGAGGGCCCGCACAAGAUCAUAGACGUUAAACGCGAACUAGCCCAACUACUCAAACGGGAUGGCUAUGAAUCCGUAGCACAGGCGGUGGGGGCGGACCACAAGAAGCAAUAAGUAUACGCGUUCGGAUACGUUUGUGUGCAUAUGAACAUAUGGUUGAUGUGGGGGUUUAGACGCAGUAUGUACGUAUGCACGGUUGUAUACGUUCGUAUGCAUAUGUACAUUUAGUUGGUAGUGGGUUCUGGGCCGAAGGGACGGGUGCUUGUGGUAGAGAUGAUCUCGCAUACGUGAGCAUUGCUACUCAUCAGGAGACGGCUACGCAUACAUAGAUCAGGUCUGGACUCCAGCCCAAGAAAAGGACUCUUUUUGCCCUGGAACACAGCCAAGGGGACUCUAUUUGCCCCAGAAAACAACGAAAGAGAACUGUUCACGAUGCUCUCGGUGGUGAUAAUAUGAAGAUGUAGUUAAUGACUGUUGUGCAGUGGAACAAACCCGACUCAGUCAGUGAAUUUAGUAAAGCAAAGCUCGUUAGCCUCUCACUCUGUCGAGUGAUGUGUCUAUGGCGGGCAGACUAGCACACAACCUGGCACUUGUUACCUUUACUAUCAAUUAGUCGGUGUUAAC